UCAAAUCAAGAGAACGACAUAACAAAAAAUAAGUGGCUUUUUUGGACACGAAUCCAAUAAUCGAAGCAUCUGGAAAGAAACUUCAUCCUGUAUAAAUUCCUCAUCCAAAUAUUAUCUUUUUCUCAAGCAUUUGCAUCUCGUUCCACUCGUCUUCUCAGAAUUAACUUCAACUUCGUCCAUAAAAAAGGGAAUACUCAACGAUCGUGUCAGAAUAAACCCUAAUCAACCAUCGAAAGUUCGUCGUUAUAAUCAUAAUUUCGCUGGUUCUUUUUCUUCUUUCUUCAUUUCAACUGUAUUAAUUAUUUCCCUCUUGCAAUUUUCUCUGAUUGCAUUGAAUUGAGGCUUGAUUUUACUUGAAUUUGAUAAUAAAAGGUAGGUUUGGCUAAUCAAUAUGUAGGGCUCGAAAAUUUAGGCUCUAGAAAUUGAAAGACGAUAAAAAUGCUGGAUUUGAAUAUGAAAUAGAUAGAUCAUGCUCGAAAUUAUAGUGUUUCUGGGUAGUAAAUAUAAAACUCAUGCUAGAUAUUAUAGUGUUUAAGUGUUGAUUAGGUACAGUUUUCUAUAAAGCGAAUUUGAAUUGCUGAUCAUGUUGGAUUUUUGGAACUUAAUUUUUAGGGCAAGGGGAAAACAGACGUAAGGAGGAUGAUUUCAGCUUAAGUUUGGUGGUUAAUGUUAAAAGGUUGUGUAAAUGGUAUGUUUUCAUAGAAUGAAGAUGAUAAAAUAGCCUGUAAACUACCAUUAGAGAUAUUUUAUUAGGCUUGUUCAGUAACCUUAGGUAUUGUAUUUUAUAUCGAGUCAUUCAAUCUAUAGCUCUUUAAGAGAAUUCAUAAUUCUAAUAGUUAAGAUUGUACUGAUAUCUGAUUGUGUGAAUCCGGACAAGUGUAAUUUCACCGUCUUUACAUGAUUAGCUGUUUUUUCACGUUCAAUCUGCUUAUUUGUAAUGAAAACUGGCUGCUGCCUUCUUGUGAAGAAUGAAAAUUUGUUUGAUGCUUGAUACUUGUUGGCAAUGUCAUUGCUUAUUAGUCAAUUGUGGUAUAUGUAAUUUAUAUAAAAGAAACUGUGCCUCAUUUUUGGCUGUUGUAAUAAGGAUAGGAAUGCUUGUGCCCUUGUUUGAUGUUUGUUGAGUCAAUUAACUCCCUUUUACACACUGGAUAAUUAUUGGAGUGGGAAUUAGCUAACAUCCAGUGAUAAGGGCUUUUUAAGCUUAGGCCUUAGAGUGAUCGGUUGUUACUGUGGGGUUGUGUACUUGUGGGUUCCAUGCUCUGUGCUUGCACGUUGUUGAAAUUGAGAUAUUUGUAUACCAGUGUGUAGGACUGCCUAACUUUUAUCGAAUAAGCUAGUUAUUUGUGAACCGUGUAUUCCUCAUGAGAACUGUGAAGCUUGCAGCUCCUACAAUGGUGAUUUGAUUUGAGCUGGAAGUCCAUGCAAUUUCAAUUUUAAACUCUUUGGAAUUUAAUGGCGAAUUUCUGUAAAUUAGCAUGUAUUGUGAUACUAUAGGACGAGUCAAAAGUGUUGGAAGAGAAUUGUUCAGUUUUUGCAAAGUGAGGCCAAGUAAUUCUGAUGUUCAAGCUUCGUGCAUCAGUAUGAUGCUUUGCUCUACUUAGUUUCUCGCCUCUUCCAAUGUCAACUAUUUAGGUUAUGAUUUCAAAAAUCCAUGGGGCCUUUAUCAGGGACUCGUCUUUGUUCCCGGAACCUCAUAUGUGUAUGUGAUCAUCGUGGCUUCUUAUUGCUCGAAACAAUUUCUCUUAUUUGUCUUGUAGGAUUAGCUAUCUGACUGAACUCAUGUCCUUGUUAAUCCAAUUUCCAUCCUGUCUACUCUAGCUAUACUAAAUUGUAUCCAUUAAAUAUAUAACACAGAAACUCUGGAAAAUAUUUUAAACACGUACGACACCUAUGAAGAAUCUGAGUGACCUACAGUCAAUCCGUCUCUAUUGAAAUUCACCUACUAGAAUCCUCUCACCGAAAAUAUUCUUUGAAGCACAUUUGAUGUUCUGACUGAAGCUCAAGGCUAGUUUCUUUCUAGAUGUAUACUUUUUCCCAGCAAUUUUUCUUAGUCCUUGAAAUCCUACUCAUUGUUGCCACUGAAGCACAUUUGGUGAACAGAGAGAAGGCCGCAACAACGUGAGUUUAUUUUCAUCUGCAGUCUAUUGUUGCGGAUAUGCCAAGUGAAUGCUUCAUGGUAGGAAAUGAAUCGCUGUAAAAGUGGUUUACAUGAAGAUCAGGUGUUAGUAAAUGUUAGUCAAGGUAGGUUAUGAAGAUUCUUUCACCUGAAGUCGUGAAUCAAGGUAGGCAUGUUGAUGGACCAUCAACAUACAACUCACACAUUUUCCCUAUGUCGUUCAUUUUGUUUUAGACCAGAAUUGAUUUGUGUGAUCUACUGCUUUACCAUAGGUUCAGGCUUCUUAUAUUCAUCACCAAUUUAGUUGGACUCCGAUUUUGGACCUCCAAGGCAUCAAGAGUGCUAGCAAUGCUGUCGAUUACCACCCAAAGCAUGAAGCUGCUGAGUUCCUGAUUGCUGAACUUUUUUAGUUUUUUUAGUGGGAUUUUUGUAGAUCUUGUUAAAUCUGCUCUCAUAUGGGAGUUUUGACGAUUGGAGCUGUUGCUGCCUUGCUUCAAUAAUCUUCUAGCUGAUUUCAUUGCUCUGCAGCUGUGUAGAAGAAAGCAAGGAUGUUUACCUGGGUGCCUUGGUUGUUAUGUAUGCCUUUUACGGGUGUAGGAUUAGUCCUAAAUGCUAUUGUGAAUGCAGGUAUUUUAGCUUGCUUUAAGAAGCUUAGUUACCAUAGGAUCUCUCAUGGAAGCCAUCAUGAAACAAAACAAGUCAAUGGAAUGGCACUCAGAUGACAAAGUCUUUGCUGAAGCCUCUGGUCAUGGAGACAAUCUGUUUGAGAGGGGCUGCUUGGAACACGGAUGUCAACAUUAUCACCGAAGAUGUCGAAUUAGAGCACCAUGUUGUAAUGAGAUAUUUGACUGCCGACAUUGCCAUAAUGAAGUGAUGAACAACAUCAAGAUUGAUAAGAAAAAAAGACAUGAUAUUCCACGACAUCAAGUUCGACAGGUGAUUUGUUCUCUUUGUGGUACUGAACAAGAGGUUCGACAAGUGUGCAUCAAUUGUGGUGUUUGCAUGGGAAAAUACUUUUGUGAGACGUGCAAGUUAUAUGAUGAUGAUACAUCUAAGCAGCAGUACCAUUGUGAUGGGUGCGGAAUUUGCAGAAUUGGGGGACGUGAAAACUUCUUUCAUUGUUACAAAUGUGGUUGUUGUUAUUCUAUGGUCCUGAAAAAUAGUCAUCCUUGUAUAGAAGGGGCGAUGCAUCACGAUUGUCCUGUGUGUUUUGAGUAUUUGUUUGAAUCCCGGAAUGAUGUCACGGUAUUACCAUGUGGACACACAAUUCAUGAAAAAUGCUUGAAGGAAAUGCAGGAACACUACCAAUAUGCUUGUCCACUUUGCUCAAAAUCAGUUUGUGACAUGUCUAAGGUGUGGGAAAAAUUUGACAUGGAAAUUGCUGCUACGCCGAUGCCAGAACCUUACCAGAACAAGAUGUGUCCUAUGAUUAUUCUCUGUGGAUUGUAAGCUAGUUGCUCAGUUGCUCCUGAAGAAUGGGCCAAUAUGAUUCGGGUCUCCAUUCUUUGCAAUGACUGUGGGUCAAAAUCUAGCGUCCAGUACCAUAUUGUUGCUCAAAAGUGUCCGAAUUGCAAGUCUUACAACACCCGCCAAUUGAGGGGUUGAACAGUGGCUUACAUUCGGGAAUCAGGAGAAAACGCAUUCUUGGUAGCAUAUGCUCUCUUCCAAUGGUUUUGUAAGCAUCUCUCCCGUACACUCAAAUUCUGAUUUCGAGUUGUUGGAGCUGCCAAACGGAAUAACAACUAGCUACCGAUCGGUAGCUAAAUUUGCAUAUCUGAUCAUCUUGUGCUGAAUACAACUUUGUGAUUCAGAAUCGUAACCUCCAUUUUUUUCCUUCAUUGUUCCCGUUGUAGACAUUCUUAUCAUGGUAAACAAGGACUUGGUUUUGUAAUUUUUUUUAUAAAUAUUGUUUUUCUUCCUCCGAUUUGUAAAAAGUCUGUCUUUCUUGUGGGAUUACCAAGAUGCAUAUUUUGUAUGCAUCAAGUCUUGUACACUUUCGGUGUCUUGAUAUUAGAGCUCCAUAAAGUGUAGAGAUUUGGAGAAUCCUACUUAUUUUCAUUAUUAUUUUGCAGUUCCUCCAUCCCUUGUACUUACUAUACACCUAUCUCAAUUGCCACGACCCAGCACUAGGCAGUAGUAGGCACUAGUGCAGUACUGGUAGAAUCUUACAAUUUUGUAAGCAAUGAUAAAAUAUUAAAAAUUGAAAUUUACAUUCUACGUUCUUUUAAA